GUCCGGCAGCGGCAGCACUAGCAGCAGGGUUUUACUUGGUGGCCUUCUCAGUUCUCCCGUAGUAGUCUCACCUUCUAUCAAGCCGGUGCAGGGUGUGCAGGAGGCAAAGCAGCGCAGCAGUAGCAGUCGAACCGAACGCGGGUAAUCGUCGAGUUCGCGGUGCGUCUAUCAGUGUUAAGUUAGCAUAACAGGUGUUUGGUUGAUCGGAUUUUGAUAAAACAAGAAGAAAUAAUUCAAAAUUACGCGCCCAAUGAUGACCGAAACCGCCGUCGUCAACGUCCAAGAGGCCCCCAACAACAAUGCGGCCUCCAAUAAGGCCCACGGGGGGGCUGCUAGCCACGGGGCUAGUGAGCGCCCUUUGGCUUGGAUUAAGAUCAAUUUGGAUUAUUACAAAACCACUCCUGGUCUUCUAAAAAUUGCUGAAUUGAUUUUGGGCAUCUUCGCUAUGGCUCUAGGAUCGCCAGCAUACACCGGAGGUUCCCACUUCUUCUUAUUCAUCGUGACAGUCAGUUUCAUUGGAACGCUAAUUUGGAUUUUCAUCUACCUUUUGGGCAUAAGAGAAGCACUCAAUUACCCCAUAAACUGGAUACUCACUGAAUUGGUGAACACUGGCAUCUGCACCGUUUGCUACUUCAUUGCGUUCAUCUUGCAGUUGAUUGUAUCUGCGGCAGUUCAUCCUGGUUACUCAUGGAGGGGAACGCAAAUUGCAGCUGGGGUAUUUGGUCUCUUGAACACUCUCGUCUACGCCUUCGCCACCUACCUUUUGCACAUCGAAUGGAAAGGCAGCAGGACGACACAAUGAUUAAUAACACGGAUACUUCGGCGGCCACUUCAUUUUAUCGUUGACGUAGGAGAGGUUUUUCUUUAGGGCCGAUUUCUGUAGUUACAAAAUAGAAAUUGUGCAGUACAUGUUUGUUUUGGUUUCAAUCGGCAUCGGUUCUGGAACCGUUCAAAAUAAUUAUUUGUAAAUGUUCACGAAUGACUUGUUUUUAAUUGCGAUCAAAACUAAAUUAUACAGCCGUUUGGAACGAUUCUAGAACUGGUUCUGGUAGGAACCAAAACAAACCAAUUUUCUAACGUCUAGUGCUCGUGAGCAAGGAAUGACGUUAUAAUUAAAAACGGCUUCUAAAUGGUGAAACACCAUCAUCUUAUAUUAAUGCUUUCUAUAAUCUAUGUAAGCGUAGGAUGGGUAUGAUGACAUAAGUUUCCGUAGAUGCAGUUAACCAAAUGUAUUUUGAAUAAUAAUUUUAUACUGAUGACCUACAAAUAUGUGUUUGUCCAUUUUAUCAAUAUAGUAAUUUGUUAAAGAAUACAUAAAAAAUAGGUGAUAGUAGUUUACAAUGAGACUUAUAUUUGUCCUGAAAAUACUGCAUUUAUGUUCUAUGCAUCUAAGCCAAAUUUAUUUAAAAUUUAAAUCUUUUUUCAUGUCAAAGGGAAGUUUUCAAUCUGGAUAGUAACUUGAAUCAUAUAAGGGUUGUGCUAUCUUAACAAUUAUUCUACUUUUUGAAUCUGUUUAAACAUUACAAGUACAUUUACUGUAUUACCUAAUUACAAAAUAUUACUGCUGCUACGAUUUAAGAUGUUGUUGUGCUACCAACUUGUAUUAUUU